AUGUACCACGGCUUCGAGGUCCCUUUGGCUCAGCCUGGGGGCGUGGCUCGUGGGCGUGGCUGCGCCUGGGUGCCGCCCUCCCAUUGGCCGGGCGAGUGUGGGAAAGGGCCGGCGGACGCUUUCACACGAGCCGAUCGCGUGCCCCGCUGCGAGGGAGGGAGGGGCCGCAGCCGUCGGCGGACCUUAAAAGCCCCGGACACCAACGGAGCCAGAAGCAGAGCCAGAGGCAGGCUCCGCGGGAGGGAAGGCAGGGGCUCCUCCUCCUCCUCUUCCAGCCCCAGCAGCAGGAUGCCCGGCGCGGAGCAGGUGCUGCAGCUGCUGAUGGAGACGCAGGGGCCCCCCUCGGACAAGCCCCGCCCCGCCGCCGCCGCCCCCGCCCCCCAGGGAGGGCCCUCUGAGCCCCGGAAGUCCUCGAAGCCCAUCAUGGAGAAGCGUCGCAGGGCGCGGAUCAACGAGAGCCUGGCCCAGCUCAAGACCCUCAUCCUGGAGGCCCUCAAGAAGGACAGCUCCCGCCACUCGAAGCUGGAGAAGGCCGACAUCCUGGAGAUGACCGUCAAGCACCUGCGGAGCCUCCAGCGCCCCCAAGUGUCCGCCGCGGUGCUGAAUGCAGAUCCCACGGUGCUGGGCAAAUACCGUGCUGGCUUUAAUGAGUGCGUGAACGUGACGCGCUUCCUCUCCACCUGUGAGGGGGUUACCGCCGAGGUUCGCACCCGCCUCCUCAGCCACCGGGCAGUGCAUGACCAGAUCAACGCCAUGAACUACCCGGCCCCAACCACCACGCCCCCUCGGCCUCUUUGGGCAAGCCUGGUCCCAAUCCCCACAGCACCAGCACCCCCGACGGCAGCGGGCUCCUUGCAAGCCGUCCAGCAACCCAGUGGCUCCCGGGGAGACCCCAAAGGUCACGGCGGCUUCCAGCGUCCCGCCUCCAACGGGCAGUUUGCCUUCCUCAUCCCCAACGCAGCCUUCGCCCCCCACAGCAGCGCGGUCAUCCCGCUCUACGCCAGCGCAGGAAUUGGCUCGAGGGCUCCUCCCCACGCGGCCGUCUCACCCGGAUCGGGCCAGUCCCUUCCAGCGGACUCAAUUUGGAGCCUUGGUGAUGGGGCUGCACGGGACGCAGAGGGACUCUGGUUGGAGCAGAGCCUUGGGCGCUUGGACCUGGUGGCCCCCCGGGAGUGGCCAGGGUUUGGGGUCCUCUCCCUUCCUGGGGAGGGGGAGGGGGAGUGUGUGUUUGUGAAUCGACCGCCCUGA